UAUGUUAUUUUCUGUCAGUGCCCUAGUAGACGAAGAUAUCGAUCGUUAAAUAUAUAUUUCCUUUAAAUUUCUGGCCUGUUUAAGUAUAUAAAAUGCCGUACGCUAACCAGCCAUCAGUACAAAUAAGUGAUUUAACGGAGGAAAAUGUGAAAUUUUUUAUCGAAGAUACUGAUUUAAGUGUUGCGAACAGUUUAAGAAGAGUGUUCAUUGCUGAAGUUCCAACUUUAGCCAUUGAUUGGGUGCAGCUAGAAGCUAAUUCAACUGUUUUACAUGAUGAAUUUAUUGCUCACAGGUUGGGUCUGAUACCUUUGACUAGUGACGAUGUAGUUGACAAAAUGCAGUACUCACGAGAUUGUACUUGCAUUGAUUUCUGUCCUGAUUGUUCCAUAGAGUUUACAUUAGAUGUAAAAUGUACAGAAGAGCAAACAAGACAUGUGACCACUGCAGAUCUAAAAUCUAGUGAUCCAAAAGUUGUUCCAGUGACUUCAAGACACAGAGAUGGAAAUAUGAGUGAAUAUGGUGAAAAUGAUGACAUUCUUAUCGUUAAGUUGAGAAAAGGACAAGAAGUUAAAGUCCGUGCAUAUGCUAAAAAGGGAUUUGCUAAAGAGCAUGCGAAGUGGAAUCCAACUUGUGGUGUUGCUUUUGAGUAUGACCCAGACAAUGCAUUUCGACACACAACAUAUCCUAGGCCAGAAGAAUGGCCUAAAAGUGAAUAUUCUACUAUUGAUGAAGAUAAAGCGGAAGCUGAGUACAUUCCAGAUGGCAAACCGAAUAAAUUCUACUAUAAUGUUGAAUCUUGUGGAGCUCUUAGACCUGAAACUAUUGUGUUUACUGGCCUCAGUGUUUUGAAAAAGAAAUUAAGUGAUUUGCAAACUCAACUUAGCCAUGAGAUGCAGACGGAUGCAUUAUCAAUUUAAAAGUUUAAAGAUUGCUUCUGCAAAUUUUAAAGGCCCAAGAUUAUUGGUGAAGAACCAAGAUAAAAAUCAUUGUAAAUUACAUUUUGAGAAAAUAGGUUACAUGAAGAAUCAGCGACCAUAUUUAUGUGUAAUAAUAUUCUGCUGUAUAUUUACUAGAAAAUGGCAGAAUAAUAUGUUAAUUGUGUUGUUUUUUUCUGUACAAAAUGCUAUUUUUUAAGUGAA